CACGUUUUUAUACAACUAGCAAAACUAUCAUUCUGCAUACAUGUCAUGCAGUUGCUUUGAUGGUAAUUGAAUUUAUCAGUUACCUCAUAUUAUCUCAUAUUGGAAGCCUGUUUUAAAAGGCUAUUUAAAAGGACAAACACUAUUGUUGUGGAAAUGUACCCAAAAAAACACGGUGUAUUCAGCGUGGGAUUUCUGGAGAACAGUUGCACAUAGAUGAUUGAAAAUUGCAUCCCUAGCUGUAAUGACAUGCACACAACUUCUACCUCCUCUUCUGAGAAGAACGUCUUUAUUGGGUGGAGGAAAGUGAACAGAGUGGAAGAAACUCCAUUCACAUUUACUCUGACAUCCCUGGGGUCCUGGAGCUUGCAGAAAGGACUGACAGUAUGUGACUCUUUAUCUGCUAUGGCCUCCAGUGAACUAAGCCGGAUUCUUAACAACGCAAACGCCAACCUGUACCCGUCAGAGCCGCAGCCGAACUUGCAUGCCAUGAACGUUCCCAACAUGCUCCGCUGCCCACAGCAGCCUGACCUAGCCUUCUGCAACAGCACUGCUAUGCUCGGUCCUUGGCACCAGGUGAACCCACAGUACUGGAGCAAACGUAAUGUUCUGGAAUGGAUCGAGUUCCAUGUGGAAGAGAGCAAGUUUGACGCCAGCCUGCUGAACUUGGACUACUGCAGCAUGGAUGGCCCAACCCUGUGCCUGCACAGCCGAGGCAGUCUGAUCAACAUGUUUGGACCUCUGUUUGGAGAACGCCUCUACCACAGCUUGGAGAGUCUCAAAGCCAAACACACCGAUGACACCACACAGAGCUGUAUCCUGAAUGAGACUUAUGCCCUGUUGGAUGACUUCCUGCUGGAUCUGCCCCAUUCCCCCUUCAUCAGUGAUGGUGCUGGCCCGCUGCUUGACACCGUGGUCAUCCAGAAUGUCCACACAGAUAAGACGGAAAGUGACUUUGGCUACUACAAUGAUUACAAGAUCCAGCUAACACCAGGCAGCGACAAUGGAUAUGACUCCUACUCAGAGAGCCUGCAGAGUUCCACAGCAGGUAGUUUUCUGAACCCAAGUUCUCCAGAAUCCGGCGGGAGUGACUCAGAUCCUGAGUACUCAGAGACUCGCUAUCAAGUGACAGCACAGAGCUUUGUAAAGCAGGAGCCCAUGGAGAAGAAAAAGAGAGGCAGACCCCCUAAACUAGGCCGUGGUUCUGAGCACUUCUCUGAGACCAAAAAGAAUAAACAUACUCCUAGAGGUACACAUCUGUGGGAGUUCAUUCGGGAUAUCCUGAUCCACCCAGAGAAGAAUCAGGGCCUGAUGAAAUGGGAGGAUCGCCGAGAUGGCAUCUUCAAAUUCCUAAAGUCAGAGGCUGUGGCACAGCUCUGGGGCCAGAAGAAGAAGAACAGCAGCAUGACCUAUGAGAAGCUCAGCCGCGCCAUGAGGUACUACUAUAAGAGAGAGAUCCUGGAACGAGUGGAUGGCCGCAGACUCGUCUACAAGUUUGGGAAGAAUUCAAGCGGCUGGAAGGUCGAAGAACUGGGAAUGUGAAGGGAAUGCUAAGUGAGCAUUGGGAAUGACGCAGGAAUGAGAUGCAGGAAUGAGACGCAGGAAUGAGACGCAGGAAUGAGACGAAGGAAGAGUUGCAGGGGAUGCUCUCUCACACUUGAAUGUAGAAGCUUCAGACUCCUACUAUGAAGGAUUUAAUGCUGAGAGCCAAUGGUCUAAAGGCCAGGAACUUCCCAAGUGUGGGGAACACAGAUACAAAGACAUUGUAAGCCAAUGUAUGGCUAAAGUAGGUUUUAUGAACCGGUAAUAAUGUUUUUGUGUAACUCCUGUUUGUGCGCUGAUUGACACUUCUCUGGUUCAUUGGACACGCUGGCGUGACCAAUCAAAUGUUGUUCAUUUAUCACAUGGUUUCUGGGUACAGGUGUUGAAUUGGUCAUGAAUAUGUUUUAACUAAAAGUAAAUAACUGUUUCUGACAUGCCUGUAUUCUUGAGAAUGUUCCAGAGAACCAUGUACAAAUGUGUAUGUACAGGAAUUAUUGGUAAUUUUAUUUUCUAAAUGGUGAGAUGUAGAGCAAACACUGACAGUAGAGAACCUGACAUGGGUUUUAUAGCAUUGCUGAAUAUGAAGUUAAACAAAGCUUCAGCUUGGUCAAAAUCUAUUUUCUUUCAUACAAUACAUGAUAUUUAAAAAGUCAUGUAUAUUCUCACUAUACUUUGGUGUCAAUCAGUCAAAAAUCAGAAUUUUUUUCUGGGGUAAUUGUUAUUCUGUUAAGCUGGUCUGUGUUUAAUUACACAUAUUCUGUAUGAGAUUUUCGUCUCAGCUUCUAUCACUGAAGAGAUAUUAACUACUAUGUAUGACAUAUUGUUUUUUUACUACUAUUUUC